GUAUCCUUCCGCGCACAGCCGGUGUGUCACAGCCGCAGCGCGCGCAUCUGACGCCCCGCUUCAGACCAACAAAGACAGGCUUUAGGGCGAUUUAUAAGUGUUUGUGUGAUAAAUCUGUUUAUUUUUAAUCGGAAGUCUUUUAUCUGUCGUGUCUGGGGUGUUUUAAGCGGCGGUGUGUGUGUUUUAUUGGGCUCGUCAUGGCUGACAUCGACAAACUCAACAUAGACAGCAUCAUUCAGCGGCUCCUCGAGGUGAGAGGGUCGAAGCCUGGCAAGAACGUUCAGCUGCAGGAAAAUGAGAUCCGUGGAUUGUGUCUGAAAUCCCGUGAGAUCUUCCUCAGCCAGCCCAUCCUACUGGAGCUAGAAGCACCUCUGAAGAUCUGUGGUGACAUCCACGGUCAGUACUACGACCUGCUCAGGCUCUUUGAGUAUGGAGGAUACCCGCCUGAGAGCAACUACCUGUUCCUGGGGGAUUAUGUGGAUCGGGGGAAACAGUCCCUGGAGACUAUAUGCCUGCUGUUGGCCUACAAGAUCAAAUACCCCGAGAACUUCUUCCUGUUGAGAGGGAACCACGAGUGUGCUUCUAUCAAUCGCAUCUAUGGCUUCUACGAUGAAUGCAGGAGACGUUACAACAUCAAGCUGUGGAAGACGUUUACGGACUGUUUCAACUGUCUGCCCAUCGCCGCCAUUGUGGAUGAGAAGAUCUUCUGUUGCCAUGGAGGCUUGUCUCCGGAUCUGCAGUCCAUGGAGCAGAUCAGAAGAAUCAUGAGACCCACAGAUGUUCCUGAUCAGGGUCUCUUGUGUGACCUGCUGUGGUCUGAUCCAGACAAGGAUGUUCUGGGCUGGGGAGAGAACGACCGAGGUGUAUCCUUCACCUUUGGAGCUGAAGUGGUGGCCAAGUUCCUGCACAAACACGACCUGGAUCUCAUCUGCAGGGCCCAUCAGGUGGUGGAAGACGGUUAUGAGUUCUUUGCUAAGAGACAGCUAGUGACUCUGUUCUCAGCUCCAAACUACUGCGGAGAGUUUGACAACGCUGGAGCCAUGAUGAGCGUAGACGAGACACUCAUGUGCUCUUUUCAGAUUUUGAAACCAGCCGAGAAGAAGAAAUCGAACUCCAGUCGUCCGGUGACUCCACCUAGGAACAUGGUCACCAAACAGGCCAAAAAAUGAGGCGGCCAGUGUGACCCGUCUGGACUUGUAUCAUACAGUCUCCAUGUGUCACAACGUUGGAGUCGUGAUAGUCUCUGGCUUUACGGUCACUUCGACUGACUCUGAACUGUUUGUUUGUUUGUUUGUUUUUGUAGCAUUUUCCUUCUGUUUACCGUCCUUUUCCACAGCGACCCGUGGAGAGGCCACUCGGAUAUCAGAGGGAGCAUUUUUAUUUCGAGUUUUAAUGUUUUCAGUCAUUCUUGGAGACGAGAAAGGCUUUAUGUUUAAAUACAUCGCGCAAGCGCCGCUCACCAUAACCACGGCAACACCUUGUUAAUAUACACAGCGAUGAACGCGAUCUCUGGAAUUUAACGUUUUGACACUCUUGAUUUGCGCUCUCGAUUGCUCGUUCAGACCACUGUGAACAAAUGAAAUGUUUUUACUCCAGUAUGAAUCAAAUAGCAGCGCUUUGUUUUCAACUUUGGCACCUAAAUCUUUUCUGCAUUUUGCAUUUUUUGUCUUGUGUACGUGCCAUGAGAUUUGACAUUUUGUCCGCUUAUGUCAAAUUUUCAAAUGUGUUACGAUUGUUUGUCAUUAUUUUGUAUUUUAAAUUCUUUAAAACCAUUUAGACAGAAUACGGCAGUACAUGAAUGAGUGUUUGAGUUCAGUUUUGAGUAUUUCGUGUGAAUGUGUGUGUGUGUGUGUGUGACUUUAAUGAAAUUAAGAUUACACCAGGUGGUAACAAACUAACAAAAGUUUAGUGCUUUCAACUACAACUUUAUUUUUUUCUGACAAGAUGCCUUGUUUUCUUAUUCUGUCUCAUGGUAAAUGAUUGUUUUUGCAUCACAUUAUGGGCAUGUUGAUUUAAUCUCAAAAGGAUGUUUUUUGUUGCAUGCAUCUAGUAUUAUCAGAAUCGAACACAAGGCGAGACUUGUGUCUCUGCAGAACAAAAAUGGGCGUUUUCCAAUCAGUGGGCGUGUUCAAAACGGGAUGGGUGUUUUUCAACCUCUUUACACGAUUUGCCUACUACACUGAGAUUCCCUACUUUCAUUGGAUAGUUGAAAAACACCCACCCCAAUUUGAAAGCACCCACAGAUUGAGAAACGACCCAUUAUUGUUCCGCAGAUACCUAUACUUCCACAAGGCCUUGGCUUUAUCUCGGGGGAUGCGACACUCAGCAUGUCUUCAGAAUAAUGUAGCUCCUCAUCAGGUAUAUCACAUCAGGAAAACUUUUUCUUGCAAAUUUCUACAGUAUUUCAUAUAAGUCCUAUUUAACCCAAACUCACUGUAAAUAUACAGGAACUGUUUUGUUCAGUCUUGGCAAUAAUUCACAGUUUUCCACACAAUAAAUUGAACGGAAAAUGGGUGACUACGUUGCACAGUAUUUUAUUAAUUUAUAAAAUACUGUUUAACCCUGCAAUGUUUGCUUAAAGCAAUUAAAUAUAAUUGUCCAUUUCUUAUUUGUAACAUUGGAUAUAUUUCUUUUUCUUUUCUAGACCCAGUAUAUACUUAUCACAAGAAAUGAUUUGAUGUUUAAGAAGGUAAAAUAGUGCCUUAAUAAUGUGCAUGUGCAGAGUAAGAUUUGUGAAAGUGUAAAUCAAAUUGCAAGCGUAAAAAUAAAUUGCAUGCACACGGAACGUUUUGUAAAGGUGUAAAUCAAGUUGCAAGCGUAGGAAAAAUAUUAGCAAUACUUUAAUGCUUUGCAUAAGUGUAAUUCAUGUGUUGUGAAUCUGUAAUUGCGUAUUAACACAAAGUAAAUGUAGUCUGUGUUCUUCUGACUUCCUGUUUUUUGCACUUACAUUUUUGGCUCUGUUUAUGCACCUAAACAAGGCCAAAAACAUUGCAAACCUGCAAUCGGCGAUAUGCAAGCAAAGAAAGUGUGUCGUGAACAACCAA